CUCGACACUGCGCAGGCGCAGACCGGCGGAUGAAGAUGGUGCUCAUCAAGGAAUAUCGUGUGGUGUUGCCCAUUUCUGUUGAAGAGUAUCAAGUGGGCCAGCUGUACUCCGUUGCCGAGGCCAGCAAGAAUGAGACGGGCGGCGGCGAGGGCAUCGAGGUGCUUAAGAACGAACCCUAUGAGGAGGAUGGCGAAAAGGGACAGUUCACACACAAAAUUUACCACCUAAAGAGUAAAGUCCCAGCAUACGUGAGGAUGCUCGCGCCAGAGUCAGCGUUUGUUUUUCAUGAAAAGGCCUGGAAUGCAUACCCCUACUGUCGCACCGUCGUGACGAAUGAAUACAUGAAAGAUGACUUUGAGAUUAAGAUCGAGACGUGGCACAAGCCCGACAUGGGAACAGUAGAAAAUGUGCAUGACCUGGACGAGCAGACGUGGAGAAGCGUGGAGGUGGUUCCCAUAGACAUCGCCAACAAAGAGGAAGUGGCGGCAGGGGACUACAAAGCAGAGGAGGAUCCCUCCCUCUUCCACUCAGUGAAAACCGGAAGAGGCCCCCUCGGCCCCGAGUGGAAGAACGAGCUCAAGACGGAUUGUCCGUACAUGUGCGCGUACAAGCUGGUCUCAGUCAAAUUCCGGUGGUGGGGCUUUCAAACCAGAGUGGAGAACUUCAUCCACAGGCAAGAAAAGCGCAUCUUCACCAAUUUCCACCGCCAGCUGUUCUGCUGGGUGGACAAGUGGGUGGGUCUGACCAUGGAAGACAUCAGGCGCAUGGAGGAGGAGACCCAAAGGGAGCUGGAGGAGCUGCGUAAGACCGGUCCGAUUCGAGGCACCAGUGCUGCUCACGAGCAAUGAGCCAAACCACCCGACCCUGUCUUGAUGAUGUCAUCGGAGACGCGCACCACCUCCACCACCACCACCGCUGCCACCACCAGGAGGAAGUGGCCCUGGUUCCCCGCUGAUGUACAGACCCCUCCCCACUCUGCUCCAACAACAACCUGGUUUUGCAUAUAUAUAAAUAUAUAUACACAUACACAGAGACAACAAAAAAAAGACCUCUUUGCACAGACGUAAUUUGCCUGAUAUGUAAAUGAUACUUGGUGAUUCAGACGGAUGG